AUGAAGUCUGAGGGGCUUAAGGUGAAUAGCUUGGAGGAAUACCAGUUCAACCAAGUAUUUGUAGGCAGAAAUUGGAAUGCAGGGGAUGUUGUUGGUAUGCCCAAGCUCAUCGUCUGCCAAUAUCAAUUUAUGACGACAUCACAGAACUCGUCCUCAGAAGACCAAGCGGCCAAUUCUAUCCCUUCCCUUUCUUGCUGUGAGAAUUUUAAUCUUUCAAGCAUCCCAAACAGCACUCACAGACGCCCCAGUAAUGUCCUUUGCCAUGAGCUCGCGCACAUAAAACACAUGAAUCACUCAAAAUUUUUUCACAAAUACAACGAAGACCUCCGAUCACAGGCUACAGCUCUCAGGCAGAAAGGCUACUUUGGUGACGGCUACUGGUCCUCUGGGACGCGCUUGGCAGAUAACGCAACUGUUCAAGGUCAGACUGCACUCGCGGCUGGUGAUUUUGCCGACUAUAUUUGCGGUGGUGCUCAAUCGCGCUCAAAGUCUAGCGUCUGGAAACCAAAAAAACGCAAGAAACCACUAACACGAAAAGGCAUGACUAUUGGUGCUGGUAAUCGCGUCGAUGGUGCCUCUCUUGGCUUGGAAAAAGGUCAAGAUCCUAAUUCAACCUAUAGAAAACGUGCUACGUCUAAGAGUGCGCGCGCGUUGCGCCUCGAAGCAACUGAAAAGCGCUUAGCAGCUAUGACAAAGACAAAACCGGAAAACGAAGAUUCAGGUUCUACAACAGAAGACGAACUUGAUUUUACCGAAACAGACACUGACAGAAGACAACUGAUGGGUGAUAUGAAGCUGGAAGAAACGGGCAGUGCGUGGGAUGCUUUUCUUGGUCACGAUGUUGAGCCGUUCGAUACCAAACAAUCUACGCUCGAUAAGAUUGUAGAUUGCAAGCCAAAAAUUAAGGAAGAAGGUUUUGGAAGUAGUAGUAGUAGUAGUAGCAGAAAUAAGAAAAAACACAAAGAAGUAAUCGAAAUAGAUUGA